AUGAGUGCAGCAAAUAUGAACUUGCGUAAAUGGGUAUCCAAUGAUCCUGAGCUGAUGAGAAAAUGGGAAAAAGAAGAUUUCGAGAUCCAUCCACAUAAAAUCAAUGACUCAAACGAGACACUUAAGAUCUUGGGAAUAUCUUGGGAUACUAAUGAAGACAGUCUGAGUAUAGACACAGACAGUUUGAUGGAAUUCCUUAAGAAUAAGCGUAAUACGAAACGGUUCAUCUUGAAAACUGCCGGGAAGAUUUUUGAUCCCUUUGGGUUAAUAACUCCAUUUACUGUUAGACUUAAAUUCUUGCUACAAGAACUUUGGGUUCGAAAAUUGACAUGGGAUGAUGAACUACCUACAGAUAUCUGUCAAGAGUGGGCAAAGUGGUGCUGUGAGUGUCAUCAUCUAAGUAAAAUUGCAGUUCCAAGAUUCAUUUUGAAUCCCGAAGCCGAUUCCAUAGAGAUCCAUUGCUUUUCAGAUGCCAGUCAGAGGGCGUACGGUACUGUUGUCUACGUAAAACUGCGUAGUAAGCAAGAAGAAAUUUCUGUGAGUUUCGUCGCAUCAAAAUGUCGUGUUGCACCUGUGAAAAGAAUUACGUUACCUCGUCUUGAAUUACUUGAUGCAUUACUAGCAGCGCGUUUAGGUUUUGGUGUGAAAAAAUUGCUUGAUCAAAAGAAAUCCUCGAGAAUAUUUUAUUGGACUGAUGCCAAAAUAGUGCUAUGCUGGAUUAAAGGUACCAGUACCAAAUGGAAAUCUUUCAUCACCAAUAGAAUUAACGAGAUUAGGAAGUUAACACAGGCGACAAAGUGGUUCUAA